AAAGGUCAUUUCCGGGUCAAGAAAGCGGUCAAUUAUUAACAUUUAAAAAUAACAAUAUCUAUUUGCGAUUUUGCUGUCAACGAGCCGCUGAUUUUAUAUUUAGUUGAAAAGUGUAUACUGUCAUGAAAGAAUACAGUUCAGAGUCAUAGGAUAUAAGCUGGAUUGACCAGUUUUUGGAUGGUUCAUUAUUCUACUAUACAAGUUGGCAGUGCUGUUGAGAAGACUGGUAGGAUAAAAGGACAAAAGGUGAAAGGUUUCUGAGAGCUUUUAUAGCUACUGUACAUAAGUGUUUUUGCUUGAAACUUCAUAUACCUAGAUCUGUAGGAUCAUAUUUGAAGUUUGAAAAUUGCCAAGUCACAGAGUGGAUGUGGAAAGAUUAACACAUGGUUAUGCAGUGAGGACCGUGGACUUGAAAACAUGGCAAAAUUACCAACUAGUUAUUCAGGGGCAGCAAACCAUACAGAUAUUAUCCAAUUGCUUCAUGAUGAAGUUGUCUCCCUUUGUCAGAAAAACUACAGCACAGUGUCUGGUCUUGAAAUAGAUGGAAUCAUUUGUAUUUCAUUUCUUGACACAAAAGAACAACAGGUGGUAAAAAUUCACAAGACCCUGAAAUCUGUAUAUGCUGAUCAUAAAAAUAAAGCAAAGAAGCAGAAAACACAUGAUCAGCCUUCUUGUUGGCUUCAGGGGAAUUCAGGGCUCCCUGCAGAAGCUAAAGGUAACAAUUCAGAAAAUUUCCAGAAUGAUAUUAAUGUUCUAAGUAAUUUACUUAGAGAUACAAAUGCUGCAAUUAGUAGAGAGCUUGUACAGAAAUCAGAUGGGGAAUCUGUCUCGAAACAAAGUAAACGAAAAAGAAAACAACCAAAACAAAGAGUAACAAACGAUACUGAGCCAGUAGAUAAGAUUAAUGAAACAAACAAUACAUGUUUGCCAAUGGUAAACAAUGAUCAAGUUUUGGAGGGAAACAGUGUUGAAAAUUCCCCAGGAAUUAAUCCAUUUAUUCAUAAAGAUGUUAUAAAAGUAAAGGAAGAGAAGAUAGAUCCAGAUUAUGAAUCAGCUGAACAAAGUCAUCUGAAGAUUGUAGAUGUCUCGUGUGGUCUUACAAAUAAAGACAUGACUGAAUCAGACCCUGUUGUAGAACAAACUAAAGUUUCCUCUAUAAUUGAUCGGCUUAUUGAAAGAGAAAUUCCAAGGGAUAGAGAUUCUGAUACAACUGAAGUGAGCCAAGAGAGAGAUAGUGUAGAUAAAGAAGUUAAAGCUGAACCAGAUGGAAUGUGUAAUGGAGAUGAAUUCCAAGCUAUUGAAGUGAAAGUAGAAAAAGUGGUUGAUGAGAGUGAAUAUGGUGGUGUAAAGUAUGACCAGGAAGAGGUAAAUGGAGCAAAUUCUGUUAGUACAGGAGGCAGUAAUUCAGAAGCAGAAAACUUUGAAUGUCCACAAGAUUGGUUGUAUGAUGAUCAUUCCUCCCUAGGUGAAAUAGGAAAAAGUGCACUUCUGGACAAGUUACAUGAGAAAGGAAGUAUAGCUUUAAAAGGUUAUCCAAGAGAGAUAGGGAGAGUGGAGCGUGAUCCUCGGGGAAGGUCCUGGAUUGAAAUGGUUAAGGACAAUGUUAACAAAUAUCAAGCAGCUUUGGAGAGAUCUGGUAAAGCCAGGCCAGAUGUUGAUAUUGAACGUAACGCUGUCAGCUUGAAUACUGUUCAAACAUCGCAGCUUGCAAAAACUUCAUCUAGUCUUGUAGCCUUGCUGAAACAGCCAGCAGCUAAUGCUUCUAGAUCAAAAGAGAUAACUUCAAAUGUAAAAUAUGACCAUACUAGAACUUCUCGUGGUUCAAGUGUACCAAUACAUGGGACUAACCAAAUUCCUGAAAGAAGUAGCUCAGUUUCUCCUGUUGUAAAGAUAGAGGUGGAUGAAGAUAUGUCUCCUGAUGUCUAUUCUCAAAGUGACAGUGAAGUAAAUGGUGAUAACAAGAAUAGCUAUCAUAAGUCAGAGACUCUUCAAGACAACAAAUUGGUUACAACAAAGGCACCUCCAGGUAAACUUGAAUCAAGAUAUCCAGCAUUGUUUAGCCAUUUACAGCAAGCUAAGCAGGCAAAUGUAGACAAUCAGGACCAGCCAGACUCUCUAGUGAACAGACUCCCAUUUAUAUCAUUCCAGGAAUUAUUCUCUCCAACCCCGACUGGAACGCCUGCAACAGGACUUAGUGAAGCAACCACCAGGCAACUUCUUGCUCAGGCUAGAAUAAAUCCUUAUCCAUUUAAAGAAAAACACAAAAUGCCGAGGAAAGUUUGGAAUUGGAAAAAGCGACAAGUGAGGCCUAAAGAUGCACAUGGUAAUGUAAUGUCGCCAAUUCCUUUUCAUUUGAAAAGUCAUUCUUCCAGUAAAAAGACGUUUUCUAAGAGGGGUGCACGAUCAGAGCAGGAAACAGACAGUGAUUGGCAGCCUGAAGAAGAAAAUGUAGAUGUAGACUCUGAUAAUAAUGACAAUAUUCCAAUCCCUGUAGAAACAGUAUGUUCCCCAGGGAGGAGAACUCGCCUGUCAUGUGGUGAAAAACCAAGAAUCAAUUUUGCUGAGCUUGAUAAUUCAGACAUUGAAAUGGAUGAGGAAGAUAUGAUUCCAGUUUCUACCAGGAAAGUAUUGACUGAAAAACCAGGGGAGAGAACUUCAGUAUUUCCUGGAGGUAGUAGUGAUCAGUUACUGGCUGCAUUUAGUGCCAGAAGUGAACAGUUAAAUAGUGCGAGUAACUCAGCAACAGAACAGUUCAAGUGUUCUCUUUGUGGUUUAGAGUUUAAUCAGGAAUAUAGAUGGCAUUAUCAUCUGAUAAAAGUUCAUGGUAUCACUGCGGAUAAAGUAAAAUUAUUUAGGUGAUACAAUGUUUUGACAGAAAAUAUGUAAACAAGAUGAAUGAUAGCAUGUAUACUUGUGUGUGGUAUAUCCCAGUGAUUUUUUUUUCAAUUUUCAAAACAACCUGUGGCUCUCCGAAGGGGAAAAUAAAGCGCGAUAAAUCCGAAAAGGGGGAAAUGAAAUUAUUGAAUCUACCCACACAUUUUGUAAAAUGUUCAAUUUGAAUUUAAUUUAACAUGCAUGGUACAAAACAAAGGCUAUCUAUCAUGUCUAUAAGGACAGCUAGCUGAUACAAGUCAGCUGCUGUUGAGUGAUGGUUAUGGUGAAGAAAUGUGCACAGGGCAUUUUAGGGGAAAAUAUACCAAUUUUGGCUAGGGGAAACAGCCUUUAUUCGGCUAUAAAUACAGGGGGAAAAUCACUGGCAAGUUUAAACUAAGUGUUAUAUCUAUACAUCUUAUAUAUAUGUGUAUAUCUGGGACAUAUCUAAUGGGACAAGCAACUGGAGCUUAGAGUCACAUUAACUUUUUCGUCCAACAAUUGUGCACAAGCUGUUACCUUUGUGAAUAGGUAUAUUUUUGUCCAUGAAAACAGUAUUAAUAAGAAGAAUAUAAGUAGAUUUCAACAAGCCAUUGUCUUAAAAUGAUGUCGUGAAAAUAUGAGGAAAACACUAAGCAUAUUGAUCACUGGCUGUCAAUUGGACGCCAAAAUAAGAUGCUCUUACUUUGUUGUAAGUUCCUUGUGCCAUUAUAGUAUGUUCUAGUAUAUAUCUCAGUGUUAGCGAUUUUCCCUAACUUUACUGAGUACCUGGGACUCAGUGCUAAUAGAUCUGUUACGUCCCAAUUCAAAUGGAACGAGUCCUCAGUUACAAAAAUGUCAAUGUUUGCAUAACUUCAUAAUACAAUCAAAUUUGUGACUGUUGAUGUUCGCGGAUACCAUUGAUAGGUUGGCCCAAAACGAGGCCGAGCACUUGCUCCUAGUCUACGUUUGGGAUAUAAAUCUGCAUUGCUAAUGAGAAAGGAACAAAUGAAAAUGAGGUGAAAGUCAAGUUCUUAUAAUACAAUUUAUUUAAAGUGAAUAGAAAAUCAUUUUCAAGCAGAGCAAAAAAACUUAAGAGAGAAUUGACCAAUUAUCGGGGAAAAAGUGUUUCAUCCCAGGGACUCAACAGCCCUUUUUUUCUU